CUAUAAUACAUAAUUUAUCUUUCAAAUUAUAACGUGAUAUUACUGGUCACAUACUCAAAGUCUUAAAUUAUUAUAUAUAUUAUGAGAUAUAAUCUAACAAACGAGCUGAGUUACAAAUGAGUUUUCCCGAAUCAAGCGCCGAAUCGCUCGUGAGCGGAUUAGCUCAUUUACAGGUUUACUCAGGUGAGUCAGGUCUACUCUAUGAAACUUGGCGCCAAAAUUGCCCCAUGGAAGCCGCGUUUUGCCUUUUUCAAUAGGCUUCCCUUGUUGGGCUUAGGGUUUCGCUUUGGGCCUGGUCAUUUCAUUUUGCAUUUUGGGCUAGACUGGCGCCCCAUUAAUUGAAUCUAUUCAAGCCUGGCCCUUGCUUUCUCUAAAAAAAACUAAUCUUAAAAACAGAAAAAGAAAGGUUCUGCCGAGCUGAGCAAACGCAGCCAGCCAUGACUGAUCAAACUUCAAAGUCCAGUGCCCUGAAACGCCGUUGAACGGUACGAGUUCCUCUUUGCAGUUUUUGUCCCCUCUAACCGCCAUUUUUGAAGUUGAUGAAGGAGCGAGACGCCCUCAUCUGUUGCCCGAGUAUUCUCAGGAUAUACCCAAAGAUUCUCUUUUUCCUCUGCCUCUUUCGUUGGGUUCUCAAUUUGAGCAGCAGCUUCCCUGUUAAUUUCUUCUAUUCACCCAGACAUCUCAGAGGGGAAUAGCAAAGGACUGCCUGGCUCCAGUACACGUUCUGCAUAUCAAUUGAAAGAAGCUUCUGUUUUCCCCUUCAGAGGUUCGCCCUUGCCUAUAGAUUUCCCUUCUUUUCUUUAAUAAAUUUUUCUUGUUCUGGGUCUUUCAAUUGGUUCGAUGGAAUGAUAUGGAUGCGCAUUUUUGUGUGUGGGUUUAAUCUGUUUGCUGCUGUUCAUGGAUGGAAAGACCCAAAUAUGGGGGGAAAUUCAAAUGCUGGCGUUACAUUAGCUUAGCCAAUUCCACAUUGUAAUUGCUUUUCACUCAUUGGGUUUGUUGUAUGAAAUCCCUUCUGCAGAAUAGACUCUCUUUGUUCCCCAAUUCGCAAACAAUCCUUUGGGAUUCUGCGAUCCCGCUCUGUCUUUCGGCGCCUUUUUGCUGUCCGAGUGAUUGGUCAAACAAUGGCUACGAAUAUGGUCUCACGGGCUUCUUUCAUUCAAUCCAAACCUUCACUCUCUUUCAAAACCGGGCACGGACAUCGUCUCCCUCAGCCGUCUCUGCCAGCAAAUGUGGCUUUUGUGGCCACCAAGGGAAAUGGGUUGGCCGUCAGAUGUUCGGUGGCGGUCCCUGAAGCCGCUUCAAGGUCUGGGGAAUCCAGUAGGAAGGGGACCAAAAGCCCUGUCAUUGUUAUUGACAAUUAUGACAGUUUCACUUAUAAUCUUUGCCAGUAUAUGGGAGAGCUGGGAUGCGAAUUCGAGGUUUACCGGAAUGAUGAGUUAACUGUGGAAGAGUUGAAAAGGAAGAAUCCUAGAGGUGUGCUGAUAUCCCCAGGACCAGGAGCCCCCAAGGAUUCUGGAAUAUCUUUGCAGACGGUUUUGGAGCUUGGACCAAUCGUACCCUUGUUUGGUGUGUGUAUGGGGUUACAGUGCAUUGGCGAAGCAUUUGGCGGGAAGAUUGUGCGUUCUCCUUUCGGGGUAGUGCACGGUAAAAGUUCCCUGGUGUACUAUGAAGAAAAAGGCAAAGGGUUGUUUACUGGGUUGCCAAACCCUUUCAAAGCUGGUAGAUAUCACAGCCUAGUUAUCGACAGGGAUACGUUCCCGGUAGACGAACUGGAGAUCACUGCAUGGACUGAGGAUGGGCUGAUCAUGGCUGCCCGUCACAAGAAGUACAAGUAUCUGCAGGGUGUGCAGUUUCAUCCGGAGAGCAUCAUAACCUCAGAAGGCAAGAUCAUCGUUCAGAAUUUUCUCAAGAUGAUAGAGGAGAAGGAAGCCGCCGAGUCAAUGAACAAGGGACACGUUGCUACUGGCCUUAUGGCGGAGUGAAGAAUUGUAUACUGGGAGGCAACAGAUUAGGAGAAUGAAUGGUCUAGUAUUUUAGAAGUUUCUGCUGUUCUAGUUUUUAGUGGACACCUAAUUUAGAUGAGCAAGACCUGUGGUGUUCAAAGCUAAGCUUUGCUCUAGCAAACCAGCCAGCCUAAGAAUGAAAAAAAGGAAAAUUCAAUAGUUUGAGGCUGCAUACAUCAUAAUUGAGCAGCAGCUGGGGCAUCAAAGCAAUGAAGGGAAGGAGUGGAAAUAAACGGGAAAGUAGUAAUGAUGAACUGGAUUUUGAAAUGAACUGGGUUCCAUUUCAGAAUGAACUUUUGCUGUCAGUGGCAGCUGGUCUGGUGAUGAUAACAUACAAAGAGACUUCCAGCCCCAUGAGUUGCUGCAGUUUUCCUGCCCCAUUCCCUCAACUGAGCUCGAAAGAUAUGAUGGCAAAUUACAGAGAGGUCCAAAAAUGGAUCGAAAGAAAGAAUUUCACAUCAUCCCUUUUUCCCCAACCACAUGAAUUUCCUCACACAAUGAAAUGUAAUGAGAGAGCACCCUUGGCUUGGUAAUCAAGUUGUGGCAGUCGCAAUGAUGCUGAGUUGUCGUUUGUUUCGCAUGCAGCCAUUCUAUUCUUCUCCAGCUGUGACACACAACACCAGCCAUUUUCUACUGCUCUCACUUAUUCACCCCGUGGUAAGCAAACAGGGCUCAUGUCAACCUCAUAUAUUUGUGUUAUGUUUAGUGACCAGAAAUAAACCCACUAGUGAAUGGGUUAUCCAAUUAUGACAACUAGUCGGGAACUAUCGAAAAUUAAGCUCUGUGAUCGACUAUACAACAUUAUUUACUAGUAGUAAGUCCUCCAAGUAUUUAUGCCCGGACAGAGUCGCCUCAUUUGAUCAAGUUAGAAUGUGAGAAUUCGUUAGAGGAGGAGAUCGAGAGAGCCGUAACGAAUUACCAGUACAUGAUGGAAUAGGGAGAUGUUUGUGGGAUGAUGGUAAGUGGUUUUGCCCUACAACUAGUUGUCGAUGUCGUAUGACAUUAUGUAUUAUGUGUUUUUCAGUUUAUUGCAUGAUCUUGUUUGCAAAAUGUAUUAAAAUUUGGGAGGAAAAGGAACAUGCUUGAAAAUGGCCAACCUGCAAAAUAGGACCAUUUAGAUACCCAUGGGCCAUGGGAACCCUAAUAAUACAAGGUUGCCCUGCCCUCCACCACCACCCCUUUUGCCUAUAAAGGAAAUAUAUUAGGGUCUCCCCAAGCCCAAGGGCCAUCAAUUGAUUCUAAUAUUUAUCUUAUAUUGAUUCUAAUAUAUAGUAUUGACUUUAAUAGGUUUGUUAAUGUGUAUGGGCAAGGCAAUGGCUUCUUGAUCAUUUCAUGUGAAUCCUACAAAGCAUAAGUAGAUGUCAUACACUACUUAGGCCGGGUCGAUGAUUUUCCCCUUUUUUUUUUUGGUUUGGAUCACCUGUAAAGAUUAAAAGUUUCAUUCCUAAGCUAAAAUAAGGCGUAAAAGAAAUC